AUGUCGGAGCUGCGGGCGGCGGGGCCGGGGCCGGGGCCGGGGCCCGGGCCAGGCCUAGCGGCGGCGCCCGGACCCUCGGCACCGGCCGCGGGAGGCGGCGGAGGCUCCGGGCCCGGCCCCAGCACCCCGCUCCCCUCGCCGGCACCGAGCGGCGGCAGCGGGCCCGGAUGCCCCGUUGGAGCGGGCCCGGGCGGGGUGACAGCCACUUCCGGGUCGGGCAGCUCCGCUUCCGGGUCGGCCCGCGAGGGCUGGCUCUUCAAAUGGACCAAUUACAUCAAAGGGUAUCAGCGGCGCUGGUUCGUGCUGAGCAACGGGCUGCUGAGCUACUACAGAUCAAAAGCGGAGAUGCGUCACACCUGUCGUGGGACCAUUAACCUAGCCACAGCCAACAUCACUGUGGAGGACUCCUGCAACUUCAUCAUCUCAAAUGGUGGGGCACAGACCUACCACUUGAAGGCCAGCUCGGAGGUGGAGCGGCAGCGCUGGGUCACGGCCCUGGAGCUGGCCAAGGCCAGGGCCGUCAAGAUGCUGGCUGAAUCAGAUGAGUCGGAUAAUGAAGAGUCCGUGUCACAGACGGACAAGACAGAGUUGCAGAACACACUGCGCACCCUGUCCAGCAAAGUGGAGGACCUGAGCACGUGCAACGACCUGAUUGCCAAGCACGGCACGGCGCUGCAGCGCUCCCUCAGCGAGCUGGAGACCCUUAAGCUGCCCGCCGAGAGCAACGAGAAGAUCAAGCAGGUCAACGAGCGAGCCACGCUCUUCCGCAUCACCUCCAACGCCAUGAUCAACGCCUGCCGAGACUUCCUGAUGCUGGCGCAGACGCACAGCAAGAAGUGGCAGAAGUCCCUUCAGUAUGAGCGAGACCAGCGCAUCCGUCUGGAGGAGACCCUGGAGCAGCUGGCCAAGCAGCACAAUCAUCUAGAGAGAGCCUUCCGAGGGGCCACCGUGCUGCCAGCCAGCGCCCCCCGAGGCGGGGGCUCUGCUAAAGAUGAAUGCUGCCCAGGGAAAGGAGACCUGAGUGAUGAAGAUGACGAUAAUGAGUUCUUCGAUGCACCGGAGAUCAUCACCAUGCCAGAGAGCAUGGGCCACAAACGCACCGGCAGCAACAUCAGCGGCGCCAGCAGUGACAUCAGCCUCGAUGAGCAGUACAAACAUCAGCCAGAGGACACCAAAAAGGAGAAGAGAACUCGGAUUCCCAACAAGCCGAACUACAGCCUCAACCUGUGGAGCAUCAUGAAGAACUGCAUUGGGAAGGAGCUCUCCAAGAUCCCCAUGCCGGUGAACUUCAACGAGCCUCUGUCCAUGCUGCAGCGCCUCACCGAGGACCUGGAGUACCACGAGCUGCUGGACCGAGCAGCCAAGUGCGAGAGCUCCUUGGAGCAACUCUGCUACGUGGCCGCCUUCACCGUCUCCUCUUACUCCACCACCGUCUUCCGUACCAGCAAGCCAUUCAACCCUCUCCUGGGGGAGACCUUCGAGCUGGACCGGCUGGAGGAGAACGGCUACCGCUCCCUCUGCGAGCAGGUAAGCCACCACCCUCCCGCUGCCGCCCACCAUGCUCACUCCAAGCACGGCUGGACGCUUCGCCAGGAGAUCAAAAUCACCAGCAAGUUCCGUGGCAAAUACAUCUCCAUCAUGCCCCUCGGUACCAUCCACUGCAUCUUCCACUCCUCCGGAAAUCACUACACAUGGAAGAAGGUGACCACCACAGUACACAACAUCAUAGUGGGCAAGCUGUGGAUAGACCAGUCCGGAGAGAUCGAAAUAAUCAAUCACCAGACUGGUGACAAGUGCAAUCUCAAGUUUGUUCCUUACAGCUACUUCUCCCGAGACGUGGCCAGAAAGGUGACGGGGGAGGUGACAGACCCCUCGGGGAAAGUGCACUUUAUCCUGCUGGGCACCUGGGACGAGAAGAUGGACUGCUUCAAGGUGCUGCCAGGCAGUGGGGAGAACGGUGCCGAGGGGCGGCAGAGAGCCGAGGAGAGUCAGGUCCUGCUGUGGAAAAGGAACCCCCUCCCGAAGAACGCUGAGAACAUGUACUACUUCUCCGAGCUGGCGCUGACGCUCAACGCCCCCGAGAGUGGCACUGCCCCCACCGAUAGCCGGCUGCGGCCCGACCAGAGGCUGAUGGAGAACGGGCGCUGGGAUGAGGCCAACGCCGAGAAGCAGCGGCUGGAGGAGAAGCAGCGCAUCUCCCGCAAGAAGCGCGAGGCCGAGGCCAUGAAGGCCACAGAGGACGGCACUCCCUAUGACCCCUACAAGGCUCUGUGGUUCGAGCGGAAGAAGGACCCUGUCACAAAGGAGUUGGCGCAUGUGUACCGAGGAGGCUACUGGGAGAGCAAAGAGAAGCAGGACUGGAGCUCGUGCCCGGACAUUUUCUGAGCUGGAAGUGGCAGGAUCAGCAGCAGGAGGAAGAGAAGGAAAGAGGAUGGAGGUUGAAGGGAAGCAGCCGAUCACAUGACUUCCUUGCCUAGCGCUUUCCUCGAGUGUCUGUCUGUCUUAACCAAUCGCUCGUUCCGAAUCAAUCACCCCAAGCAAAAGCCAGUGGCGGUGAUUGGCUGGGUUGCCUUAGCUGAUUGACACUGAUGUUGAUGAUGUCUAGAUCCCCAGGGCUGGUGCUCUGUGACCCGGAUGGCCGUGUCCCCCAGCUCCCUUAGACAGCCAUCUAUCUGUCCAGCUCGGCCCGACCCCUCUGGGAGCUGAGGGGGGAAGAGCUCGGGAGCUGUUAGAAAAGGACUGUCCCUUGUUAACACCCUUAGACAAGGGGAUGCAUGCAAUGGGGCUGUGGAUCAGAACAGAAGCACCCCAAUGUACUUCCCAUGGGGGGGGCUGUUUGGGGGAGCUGGGGAUAUCCUGUAUCUCGUAUCUUGGUGGGGAGGGGUCAGUCUCCCCUCCCUUAGGUGGGAGCUAGGGGCACCCAAGUGGCUAGGGGAGCCUGGUGAGUGCCCAUGGAGAUGGAGGAAUGUUGCGGGAGGCAAUGCAGAGCCACAGCUUCCCUUCCACAUCCCGGAGCAGAGGCGGAGGCUGUGACUGGCCUUGCUCUCUGAGAACCCUGUUUGGGGCAGUCUGCUGAACUUUCCGUCAGAUUUCAGAGAGGGCUGUGGGCAAUGAGACCCCCACCCCCUCUGCUCUCACCUCCUCUCCCGCCAAGAGGAAUGCACCCCACCAUCUUCCCCCUCCCCAUGUGCACUCUGGAAGGUGGGGAGCUGCUGUGGGGGUGGAGCAUCCCUCUGGCCAAGCGAGCGCCUGUUAUAUAUCUGUAUAUUAUAUAUAUGUAGAGAGAGCUAAUAUUUUGUUUGAUUUCUGCCCCCCCCCCAAAGUGGGUCCCAUUUUUGUAACACCCCCAUCUCAUGUCUCCUGCACAGUGAGUACCCAAGCUCUGCAGAGCUCCCACCCAGCCCUUCAGGCACAGCACUGACCUGGGUGAGAGGGGGAGGUGGUGCUUGGGCCCAGAGCCAUACUUGGCUUUGGGCUAGGCCCCUGCCCACUUGGGCUAGCAUCCCUCCUGCUCCACUUGGCCACUCCCCUCCACGUUAAAGUCACCUGCCCCUUCCAGCAGGGAGGACGGAGGCACUGACAGCGGCCAGAGCUGGAUCCUGAGGUUCAGAGGUGCUGCCAUAGCGGGAGAGGAUCGGGCAGGGCCAGGAAUCAGGCCAGCCCCCCAAAAUCAGAGGGGCGUCUCUCUGCAGCCCCGAGCCCUGGCUCAGAAUCACACACUGAGGUGCCUUCCUUGUAUCUUUCAUUCUGGGUUCUUUUCUCUCCCCCUCCCUCCCCCCCGACUCCACUGCCUCUGCCAACAGGGUGAGGGGGCAGUGCUCAUGCUGCCUGUGCCUAGACUGCUGGCUGGACGGGGCAGGUCCCCUCUCGCCAGCUGGGUGAGAUGAGGCCAAGCCCAGCGCUAGCCGAUCCCUGCUUUUUGGGGCAGGAGAAGGCACAGAGGGGGCAUGGGCCCUCUAUUUCCAUGGGAGGGACACUGGUAGAUUUAAAUAAAAAAAAUAAAUUAAAAAAAAAAAAAUCAAAUCCCUCCACUUCUAGUUUUGGGUUUUUUGCCUUACUGUUUUUUUCCUUUUUUUUUUUUAUUUCCAAGAAAACAACUAAAUUAAAAAAACCUGAAAAC